GCACUUGACAACAUCCGGUGAAAAUACUGGCAGACUAGCAGACGGGACGAUCUCAUUUCUUGACCUCAAUACUGCCUCAUCUGGAACUACGGUCAAUUAGGUCAUCUUCUAUCGUGCCGGGGACGUGAUAGAAAACAGUGUUUGCAAACUUUGUAUUUGCAAGGCCUCCAACAGACAAUACUGAUAAUUGAAUGUCUGCACUCCAGGAAACUUUUCUGCUCAAAUGGCGACAGCUUUAUGUGCUACUGUCAUCAACUGCCAACAGCUGUCAGCCAAGAACAGCUAACCAGCUGCAGCCAAGACGACAUGUCCACCAGUCAUGCAGCCACAAACAUCGGGCCAUGACUGACCCAGAGAACAAGGGUCAUCACAGUCGGGGAGUCAACUUUGACACUCUCGGGUCAUGGAACAACCGUCUGGAUAUGCCCAUUUGGUAUGAGCAGAGUAUCAUUAAAGGGAUACCAAUACCUCGUAUCCCCCUGGAUGAAAUUGGAAUUGCCAGUGUAAUUGGUCGGAGAAAGGUGAACGAGGAUAGAUUCAUAUUCAAGGAGCUGGCGCCACAGUCUCUGCUUUAUUUUGGUAUGUUUGAUGGACAUGGGGGAUCCUAUGCUGUAGACUAUGUCUGCAACAACCUUGAGAAUCAUAUGCUGUACUGGCUCACCCAGACGUCUGACCUCACUAAAGUCCUCCACCAGUCAUUUGUGGAUAUCAACAAUGUAUUAACUCGCCAUAUUGUUCACUAUCACGCUGGCAAGGAGACUUUCAAUACUGGAACAACAGCUACUGUGUGUUUGUUGAGAAACAGUGUGGAGUUGGUAGUUGGUCAUGUUGGGGACAGUUGUGCUCUACUCUGCCGGAGUGGGAACCCGAUACGCCUGACACAAGACGAUGACCCAGAUAAUGCUGAGGAGAGCAGGCGAAUCCAGGAACAUGGAGGCAAGAUCGUGCACAACAGUCUGGGUAUUGCCCAGGUGAACGGGCGGCUCUCUAUGACCAGGAGUAUUGGAGACGUGGAACUGAAGCAGUAUGGUGUCAUCGCCAAGCCUCAUGUCAGGUCUAUUGAGGUGAAACACGGGAAAGAUGCUUUCCUGGCUCUGGGCACGGAUGGGCUGAGUUUUGUCAUGGGCGACCAGGAAGUGGUGGACAUCGUGGGCAGCUGUCGUGAUACCAAUGAGGCUGCCAGUAUGCUGACUGACCAAGCACUUCAGUUCGGCUCGGAGGACAACACAACAGCAAUGAUUAUACCGUUCGGGGCAUGGGGGAAAUAUCGCAGCACUACCAAUUCCAUUCCAUACAGCUUUGGGAGAAAUUUGUUUGGAAAUAGAUUUAAAUAUGGUUAACUUGGUUAAGCAUGUUUGUCUUUCAGGAGAACAGUAUUAUGACAUUUGCUGAUAGUUUGAUAGACUUGUCAGAGAAUUAUUAUUUGGUUUGGUUAAAUCUGUGAAAGAAGAUGUAUUUGUUUAAGCAAUCAUGUGUUUUCAAUCUCCUUACAAUGACAUUGUUUUGUUGAAUAAAAUUGUAUCAGUUGUUAUUGAUAUACAUAAUUUUCUCUGCUUGGUCAAGCUGACUGAAUUCAUUACUGAUCUCACUGACAGAUUCUUUAGCUUACAAAUAGUUAUUUAUCAAAGGAACAUUCUUCUAUGAUAAUAAGUUCCAGUUGGGAUGGGUUACCCCUAACUCUAUCCUUAGCCCUUAGAUCCCCUUUGCAAUCUUUGGGUUAGGUACCCUUUUCGAUCAAACACCUCUUCAUGAUCCUUAGGAUUGGGGGCGCCCCUUGUCAAUAAAACACCCCUUUAGAACCUAGGGGUUAGUUUUGUGUAAGGAUAUAGGUUAUCUCUUUGGACAAUUUUAUCCAAUUUAAUUUGAGGAAAAUCCUAGCAAUUUUUAUCAAGUUUCAAGUUUCGCAGAGAAAAUGGCUUCUGCACAUGUGCUUAAAGGUGAACAGUCAGGUGCUGAUCACUUGGUAAGUGAGACCUAAGUACCGGUAUUUGUGAUAGCACCUGUGGUAUUAGAUUAACUCACUAACCUAGCUUAGCUUCAAGCUGGCAACAUGAGUUUGAUCCUCCACAUUGUGCUAUUUGAAAUCCGAAAGAAAGUGGGCCUUGUAAAGUUCAUAACUCCCUAGUUUUUUUCAGAUUUUUUUCAGACCAGUUUCAAGAAAAGGGUGUCUAAAAUUACCAAUGCAUUCAUAAAAAAUAUAUAAAAUUCCAGUACCAAUUUUAAUUAAAUGUAUUCUAAAAUGACCAAUCCUGUCAUAAAAAAUUAGAAAUACCAGUAGGACAGCUUGAAAAAACUAUGGUCUUCAUAUUUCACUGAACAACUGAAGGUUAAGAUUAUGAUUCACAUGAUAUAGAUUGAUCCUUCUGUCUCUUUGUUACCAAACAGAAAUUUCAUCACCUCAAAUUCCUUGAACUUAAAAUAUGGUUGUAACUUAAGGCCCUGUCAGUAUCCCACACAACCACACUUGGAUCCCGGGGUGGUGCCCAGCAACAUUAGCUUGGUGUAAGAGAUGACUUGGUUGAUAGCAUAUUUACAUUCAUGAUGUCAAUCACUGGAUUGUCUGGUACAGAUUGGAUUAUUUACAGGUCAUUCUCAUAUAUACUACUCAACAUUUGCUAAGGUUCACACCGUUGACUAAAGGUUACUGUUUUGGUCCAUGUCAGCUGUUGAGUUGUACAGUUGGAAAAUUGCUUAGUUAGGGAUUAAACAACAAACAGUAUCGACACUAUGGCUUGAUGUCAGAAUUCUGCUUGUCUCAAACUUGGUAGAACUUAGUGUAAUUUGGGGGCGGUCGGGUAGCCUAGUGGUUAAAGGGUUCGCUAGUCACGCCGAAGACCCGGUUUCGAUUCCCGACAUGGGUACAAUGUGUGAAGCCAAUUUCUGGUGUCCCCCGCCGUGAUGUUGCUGGAAUAUUGCUAAAAGCGGCGUAAAACCAUACUCACUCACUCACUAGUGUAACUUGGGUAGUUCUUAAUUUUCUCUGAAAAGUUGAAGUUGUUGAAUAACAGAUUAAUGGAAACCUGUAUGAAGCACUUGAAUCAGUUAAUGGAAUGCCAUCAUUUCUUAUGUUAGUUGAGCACAGUGGAUCACACAGACUAGUAAUCUUCUUUUGUUAUUUAUUGCUUGUGUAUGAUAGUGUCAGCUGCUGUAUUCGUGAUCUGAGUGCCCACCUUAUAUACUCCUGUUACAUACAGAUUUAUUUCACAUUUGGACAUGUUGAAGAUUUAUUGAGCUAAGAAACUUAUCACAGAUUUGUUAUGUAAUUAUAAGGGUUUAGAAUAAACUUGUGACAAUUAAAAAUGAAAUCCAUCGGUUAUCUAGUUUGGGCUUUCUUUGGGGUGAUUAACUGAAUUGUUUCAUAAGAGAAAAUCUUGGGCUUAACCCUAGUACACAUGGUGGUAAUAUCCAUUGUUGUGUCAAAGUAUUGACUAAUGCAACUGAAAUCAGAUUCCAAAGUGUUUUCUAAAUGAUGUUAUAAUAAUUUUAUUGAAACGUAAUUUGAUUUCUUGUGUUCAUGCUGGUCAGCUUGCAUAACAUUCCCAUUUAUCAGCAGCCAAGAGGCUUAAUGUGAUCAUGUAAUAUACAUAGUUAUUGGCUAAUGUUGCAAGUGCUUGUAUUAUGUAUGUGUAGUUUGCUUGAUAAAAGAUUUGACUAUA